CAGCCCAAUUGAGCCCAGCUGCCAAGAAAUCCAAGAAACGAUCAUAAAUAAAUGUGAUUGGCAGUUAGUUAGUUAAUUAGCUUAAUCAAAUUUAACAGACUGUCGCUUCCAUAUAAUUGGGGAAGUCCGAUUUUCAAGAAGCCCCUUCUGCCAUUUUCCCCAAUUCGAGUUCUCCAAAAUUCCAUCAGAGAUCGAAAGCUCCUUUGUCUCGCUCCAGUUCUUCUUCUUCUUGACAGGAUGCCGCAUUUUUCCUUCUCUGAUCUCUUCCCCACCUCCACCGCCGCCGCCAAGAAACCAACGCCGGCCACCGUCCUCUUCCAAGACUACUACAACGAGUGGUUCAAGACCCUGAAGACGACCCUCCUCCCGCUAAUCCACCGCUCCCUCACCGACCCUUCCCCGCCGGCGCUGCUCUCCUCCCACGUCCACCUCCUCCUCCACCACUUCCUCUCCUACUACGACGCCCUCGACCUCGCCGCCACCGUCUCCGCCGACAAUCUCCCUCACCUCCUCCACCCGCCGUGGCGCAACUCGCUCGAGCGCCCUUUUCUCUUCCUCGGCGACCUCCACCCUUACUUGCUCACCAACCUUUUGAGGAAAUUCCUCAGAGAAGGAGGAUCGGAAUCCGAAUCCGACACCGAGCGCGAAACUCAAACCGAUUCCGAGGCCGCGUGGCAGUUGGGGAUCACGGCGUGGAAGGACCCAUCUGACGAAUUGAUGGUCAAGAUCGAGCAGAUUGAGCGCGGCCUGCGGCUGAUCGUGCCUUCGUUUUCGGAGCGAAUGAAGAAGGCUCAAGCAGGGUUUAUGAAGAAAGUGGGAGAGCAGUGGAUUGGGACUGCGACGGUGGCGGAGGCCAUGAAAAUUGAGAUGGAUGAGAUGGUGAGCGUGUUCCUUGACGCGAAUCGGGCGCGGCGGAGCGUGAUCUCGGAGAUCGUAGGGACGCUGAAUCUGUAUCAGGGUGCUCUGUUUCUUGAAGGGUUGGCCCAAUUUCUUGUUGGGUUCAAGGACCCCGGUUUGGUCAGGAAGUUUAAGCGGCACCGGAUUCCAAGCACCGUCGCCGGCAUCAGCGGAGGAGCUGGAGGGAAAUCUGCCGACGGGAAUUGAUUGAGACGCUUGCCUCUGAUUGACUUGAAGUAUAAUCUGUUUUUGGCUUUUUUUCUCUGCUUUUUGUUGAAUUUAGGAAGUUGGGAACUUUCUUGGUGGGUCUUUGAAAUUGUAUUUGUGCUUUCUGCACUGGUGAUCACCGUUUAAGCUGUUGAUGUCAGGCGUUAAAAUGGCGCUACAUGCCUCCAUGGUUAUUUUGAGUAAUGAACACUCCGAUUUGUUGUACUCGUACCACGGCUUCGAUUCGAAAAAGGUAGCAAGGAAUGAAUCAAACUUGGAAGCUAUUGGUGGUUGUUAACUGCAGUUAUUAGACUCCUAACUUUAGGUUUAGGAAUGAUAACGAGGAGAGUGAAUCCGAUAUCCAGUGUACUCAAUUCAAUUCUCUGGUAUGAAGAGAAUCAAGUUGCUAACGACUCCACAGAUCCUGCUUGUCCAGUCCAAGUGUUCAUCCUGCUGAAUUUCGUCACUGAUUCUUAUGUUCAGGCUUUAGAGUACCGCAGUCUGCACACUCCAAUCCUCAUUCCUCCAUGAUGAUCUUUGGUAGCAAGUCAGGUCCGUUGUGUUCGGUUUUGUCUUAUCGCCAGUUCGCCGGCAUUUGGCUUUUGGGUGAGGGCCGAGGAACAACAGCUAAAUACUACCUAUUGGGCCGAGUGUUCAUUUUGGUAACCCACCACUAGGCCCAUGGAGUUUGUGGACUUGGAAAAUAGUAUGGAUGACUUAUUAUCUGGGGGCCCGUUUAUUCAUUCGGUUCGGAUGCGUAGUCGGCCGCCAGAAACUUUAAUGGUGGACAACAAAUUAUAGAAUUAUCACAAUAUCAUGUGUAGCCACUGGCCAGGCUUGUUUAAAAAAAGAGCACCACACAGAUAGCGAGCAGCUAGUUUAUCAAUGGGCCUAGCUAGCUACCAACUAUUUAAAAAAAAAAAAAAAUUGUUACCGUCAAGUUGGAAUUAUUUAUCACUAUAACAAUUAUUAUCACUGUUGUUAUUAAAAAGGUAUAAACAUAUCCUAGUUUUGUCCGAAGUUUGCAGUAAGUGUGCAGAGCUUGACGGAGUAGUUGAUCAUCAAGAUUUUGGACUUCAUGGGGCAAGAUUCGAAGGAGAUGUUACUUUUCGCUUUUUAAUAUUAUCAUCGUCAUUAUUAAAAAAAGUAUUCGAAAGAGAUGUGCACAAAUUGACGGGAGAAGAGAGGGGGCGAGCUUCGAACAGGAGGCUCUUUGCCAGAGGGAAAGAUGGGGAGGGAAGGUGACUUUUGGUUAGUUGCAUGCUCGGGCUAGUCUUGAGGGAAGACGACUAAGGAUGAAAGGGAAGAGUCAUGUGGUCAUCGUGACCCCUUCUCUCUGAAUAUUUUUUAUUUGCGGUUUUUUUAAAUAAUGAAGUAUUUCAAUCAAGAGAAAUGUCAAUUACGUAUACGAGACAAGUCAACACAGUAUGCUUAGUUAUUGACGGAGAAAAUAGUUGACCGUCAAUUCAAAUCAUAUGCCAAAUUUGCCCAUUUCUUUGAAAAAUUGUUCACAACUAUAUUGUUAUUAAAUUCGAAUAAAAAUUGUCACUUAAA